AUGACGGAUCGGAUCUAUACGCCCCCAUUAAAGAUGUCAUACGCUGCAAUCAACAAGUUCAGCUUAGAGAAGUAUCAGAUGCUGAAUAUUGCUUCUCUGGCCUACUGUUGUGCUGGUGUUCCAUGCCUGGCAGCUCACUUCCAUGCCAUGAAGAAGAUGCCACUAAACUUUGCAUACGCACAUUUGUUUCUCACAAUAUUGCCUUAUGUACUUUUCAACCGCAGAAAAUAUGAGCCACUGUAUGAAGCUGCAAGGCUGACAACUCUGUUCUGCUUGUUCACUAUGGGAAUAGUGGCAGUAGCUGCUGUGGACCCUUUCAGUCUUGCAGCAAUCAUUAUGAUUUGGGUUGCAACCACUAGAAUAGGAACUAGUGCAAGGCAUUACAAAGGAAUAACUUACUACCACUGGUUCAUUCUCCUGAUUGCCCUUGCAGCUCUGAUCAUGUCCAUUCCAUUCUCCCCUUGUCUCUACAAGAAGCUGCCUGAUGGUAUAAAAUCAAAUCUUGAAGAGUGGAAAAAGAACAUAGAACAAACUCCACCUUGGCCACAAUUGAAUGAAGCUUUGGGAAGGAAUCAAGAACCUGCUGGUGGCUUCUUGGGGUUCACCUAUGCCCAAGUUGGACCCAGUUUGGAGGCUUCAGCUGCAGCAGAAGAUGAAUCCAACGGGGUUCUCUAUUAA